UAGUUUCCACUGACAUGACUCGUGCUCAUUGGAGUGUGAUUUUGUACUCGUUUUUGUCUGAGGUUGAAGGUCACAACGUCACCGGAAGCCAUAUUUCAGCUCAUUGCACAAGACAUGUCUAGAAAACGACAUCAUCAACACUUUCUAGUUGAGGAGGCAAGCUCUAGACGUAAGGAGUUGAAAAUGGAGCUCUCAAACAACACUACAGUUUCACUGAGUUCAAAGGAUGGUGCUGAAAGUAUGCCUGCAGUUGGUGUUGGCUUAGCAGCAACAGUAGAAAUACUCCUAAUAAUAGCCGGAACUAUUGGUAAUUCUCUCGUCAUCACUGCUAUCAUCCGAAACAAAAAAUUACAAACUGCCACCAAUUUCUUCAUCGCUGCUUUAGCGAUCGCUGAUCUUUUAGUCAGUAUUAUUCUUGUUCCUAUGCGAGCUUCUCAGCAUAUCAGUCUGGCUUCURGGAAAACGGCACAGAUUUCUCCUGCUGCUGUUCAAGUUGCUGGCUUCCUCGGAAGGGUGAACAUUGUCGCUUCGAUUUCUUGUCUUUGUGCCUUGAGUAUAGAUCGUUGUGUAGCCCUUACAUAUCCAGUCAGAUACAUCACCUCAUUCAAGCAUGCUAAAGGAAAGGUCUUGAUCAUCAUCGCAGUUGUAUGGGCUGCUGCGAUCUUUAUAACCAGUGUACCCAAAUUCCCUGGAGUGAGCGAUAAACCUUUCUUGAUUUUCUUCGUCGUUUUUGUGUUGACAGCAACAGUCGUGAUAGGAGUAGCAUACUAUAAGAUUUUCAAAAUAGCCAAGGCGGCGAGCCAGCGUAGAAACAAAACAGCGAACAACGUUAUUCGUUUCUCCAUCUCGACAGCGAUGGACCCACGGCUGAAAGAAGCUGCUGACGUUCAAAGCAAGAAAGAAGACGACCAAGCACAGAAACAAGAACACAAGGCAGCUAAAACCAUCGGUAUGGUCAUCGCAGCUUUCAUCAUUYUGGUCUAUCCGCGUAUUAUAUUGAUUCUCUACCACUUUGCAGUGCCUUCGUCAGUUUCGAGUCGUCAUGCGAGGUUUUGGAUUCGCAUUCUCCUUUACAGUAAUUCUUCCAUAAAUCCUGYUCUUUAUGCUUGGAGACAUAAAGACUUCAGAAGAGAAUUCAUUAAAAUUCUUCGCUCAUUGGUAGCUUUUUUCUCCUGUCAAGGGCACCGAGAAAACUGGAAAACAAAGCCCCGAAGUGCUUCCAAGGCAACCAUGUCCACAAGUAUUUAGUGGCGGGAAUAAAAAA